AUGGGCUGUGUUUCAUCAAAACUGAUAAGGAAAGAAAUCGAGCAAGAAAAUCUACAUGAAAAUGGAGAUUUUCCAAACCACGUGGUGUCUCUCACUUCAAGUACCUAUGGUGCUCUCAAACUUGACAAAGAAACUCAUCAGCUAUUUCAAGAAAAACAGCAACAAGAAGUGCAGAAGAGCACAGAAAAGUUCGUGGUUGAAGCAAAGGAAUCACCGCCUCGUGAAGAGCCUUCGGAGAUUAUAAAUACUUGGGAGCUUAUGGAAGGGCUUGAAGAAGAAGGUCCAGGUUCUGUUCGAUCCAAGAGAAGUCCAAAAUCAAGAAGUUUUCUCGAUGGAAGAAGCCCCUUAAAGUUAUUGAAUCAAAUGGGUUCUCCGAUGAAGUUUAAGAAACUUGGAGGAAAAGAGAAUAAGGAAAGAGUUAUGGGAUCAACAGAAAAUAGCCCUAAAACAUUUUUGAAAGAAUGCAAUAAUUUGAAGGAGAAUUCGAGGAAACCUUCACCAAGGUUGUGGGCUUCGAUUAAGGGAAGCCCGAAUGCUUCAAGAAUUAACAGUUCAAAGAUUGAUUCUGGAAUGGUUUCGUCGAGGAGGAGUUUAGGCCCACUGUUUAAUCCAGAACCAGUGUCAUCUUUAGAAAAAGAGGGAUCUAAAGAGGAAGAAAAGGUGAAGAAGAUUGUUUCAUCGACAUACACUACUCGAAAAUGGAAGAGUUUCCGGGAUUCAGAGUCCAUUCUUGGAUCAUUCAGCGAAAAAUGCCCACCAGGCGGUGAAAAUGCAGUUAUCGUGUACACCACCACAUUGAGGGGCAUUAGGAAGACCUUCGAGGAUUGUAACAAGGCUCGAUCAAUCAUCGAAUCGCACGAUGUUCAUAUGUUUGAGCGUGAUAUAUCGAUGCACGCGGUGUUCAAGGAAGAACUAAGAGGUCUAAUUGGUACAAAAGACGUCAAAGUACCAUUAGUGUUUGUGAAGGGAAGGUUGAUUGGUGGGGCUGAUGAGAUGGUAAAGCUGGAUGAGGAGGGUAAAUUGGAAAUUUUGUUCGACGGGAUCCCCCGAGCAGCUGCCGGGUGUCGCAGGUGUGGCGGGGUCCGGUUCUUGAUGUGCACGAGGUGCUAUGGCAGCUGUAAGUUAUUGGAUGAGGAAAGGAAGAAGAGUGUCAAGUGCAGCGAAUGCAAUGAGAAUGGAUUGAUUCAGUGUUCAAUGUGUUGUUAA